GCAGGUCCCGUCCUCGCGGCGGCGCGGCGCGGCGCGGCGCGACGAAGAUGGCGGCCUCCGGGUGGGCCCGUGCCGCCGUGGUCCUUCUCUGUGCCUCUGAACUGCUGCUGCUCCUGCUGCUGCCGCUGAGGGCCUUCGCCGCUGAGGGCCCAGCCGAGACGCCCGGCGAGGCCACCCCACCUCUCCGGAAGAAGAAGAAGGAUAUUCGCGACUACAAUGACGCGGACAUGGCUCGUCUUUUGGAACAGUGGGAGAAAGAUGACGACAUAGAAGAAGGAGAUCUCCCAGAGCACAAAAGACCCUCUGCACCUAUAGACUUCUCACAGAUAGACCCGGGCAAGCCUGAGAGCAUAUUGAAGAUGACAAAGAAGGGCAAGACGCUCAUGAUGUUCGUCACUGUAUCAGGAAGCCCCACGGAGAAGGAGACGGAGGAGAUCACGAGCCUCUGGCAGGGCAGUCUCUUCAACGCCAACUACGACGUCCAGAGGUUCAUCGUGGGGUCAGACCGUGCCAUCUUCAUGCUGCGUGACGGCAGCUACGCCUGGGAGAUCAAGGACUUCUUGGUCAGUCAAGACAGGUGUGCCGAUGUAACUCUGGAGGGACAGGUGUACCCUGGCAAAGGAAGAGGAAGCAAAGAGAAAAAUAAAACCAAGCAAGAGAAAGGCAAAAAGAAGGAGGGGGGAGAGCCGAAACCUCAGGCUUCGAAGGAAGGCAAUCGAGCUGGGAGUAAAAGAGAAGAGCUGUAGCGGGGCAGCUGCGGGUUCUGCAGCGGAGCGCGGGGAGCUCAGCCAGGGCGCGUGGGCCGGGGGUGGGCGUGGGAAACCACACAGCCAUGAGUUCUCUGCUGGCAAAGGUCUGCCAUGUGACCAGUUUCUGGUCAGUGUAAGAAUUACUGUUUAAAAGGCUUCAAGUCAGAAGACAGAGGUUUUGUAAUUAACAUGGGACACUGAGAAAUUCACGAUUACUAUAAAAUCACUUUAAAUGGAAAGCUGGCGGUGUCGCUUUUCCCCAUAAAUGUGGGGAGUCUCUGGCCGGACUGUGGCACCGCUCCCUUCGCUGCACCUGCUCUUAUCCGGCAGCCUGCUGUAUCCAUGCUUUUUAUUUCUGUUAACUGAAAGGAUACCAGGUUCUCAUCAGACCAACUUAAGACUCCUGACUAAAUUGAAUCAGGCUCUCCAUGCCACAGACAUCACUUCAUUACUGUGAGAUUAGAAACGCUCCACGGGAGCACUGCACGUAUCUAAAUAUACAAUCAGGACACCAGGAUGCGUAAAUCCCAAAUCUGUGCAGAAAAUGCAGAGAACAGAAAAUAAUGCAACUUGGGAAUCCUAAGUAUUCGCUUUGAGUUUCUUGGACUUGAAUUCCUCUUGUCAGUUAUAGAGAACUCUUGGUAUCUGUCAGGUUUUAUGUAGUCUGUAAGUCCAGGGGUUCUGUCAGAAUAGAACUUUAUUUAGGAAAGAGUAAUGCUGGUGUUGAGAGUUGUGUGUUCCAUUUCAUGUGAUGAUUUUCAAGGGUGUAAAUCAGGCAUGAGCAGAGUUCUUUGCAGAGCGUAGCAGAAGACUCAAUAACCUCAUUCACUUCUAAACAUUUUUCUUUGAUAAAGUGCCUAAAAUUGUGGUGUUUUUGUAUGGUACUAAUAUGAUGUGCUACCUGUUACUGUCUAAUGUUGCUGUCAUACGUCAGAGCCUACUCUAAGAGUUACGGAAUUUAUACACAGGUGUCAUUUUUAAGAACUAAAAUCAUUUGUUCAAAAAGGC